AUGUGACCCACCGUGCCGAUUCACAGUGUCACCUUGGCCCUGGCUGCUGCAGGUGGACUGUCCGGCCCACAGGCAGGCACGAAGACAGGAAGUGAGCCGGGAAUCGGAAUCGGAGCCGGCCAACCAUGACGUCUCCGAAGAGCAAGACGUCUCCGAAGGCCGUCAAGUUCCUCUUCGGAGGCUUGGCUGGGAUGGGCGCCACCGUGUUCGUUCAGCCCCUGGACCUAGUGAAGAACCGCAUGCAGCUAAGCGGUCAGGGUACCAAGGCUCGAGAAUACAAAACCAGCUUCCACGCGAUUGCCUCCAUCUUGAAGAACGAGGGCAUCGGUGGCAUCUACACCGGACUGUCUGCAGGUCUGCUGCGCCAGGCCACCUACACCACCACCCGUCUUGGCAUCUAUACCAUUUUGUUCGAGAAGAUGACCUCAGCCGACGGUCGCCCGCCAAACUUCUUCCUCAAGGCGCUGAUCGGGAUGACGGCCGGCGCCACGGGGGCAUUCGUGGGCACACCAGCUGAGGUGGCACUCAUCCGGAUGACGGCGGAUGGGCGACUUCCUGUUGACCAGCGACGAGGGUACACCAACGUGUUUAACGCUCUGGCUCGGAUCAUGCGUGAGGAGGGUGUCACCACGUUGUGGAGGGGGUGCAUUCCCACAAUGGCGCGGGCAGUGGUGGUCAACGCUGCCCAACUAGCAUCUUACUCACAGUCCAAACAGGCACUGCUAGACUCUGGCUACUUCGGUGACGACAUCCUGUGUCAUUUCUGCGCCAGUAUGAUCAGCGGCCUGGUCACCACGGCGGCGUCCAUGCCCGUCGAUAUCGUCAAGACCAGAAUUCAGAACAUGAGGAUGAUUGACGGCAAACCUGAGUACAAGAACGGCCUGGAGGUGCUGGUGCGCGUGGUGGGCAAGGAGGGCUUCUUUUCGCUGUGGAAAGGCUUCACGCCGUACUACGCUCGCCUCGGACCGCACACUGUGCUCACCUUCAUCUUCCUGGAGCAGAUGAACCGCCUGUACAAGACCUACGUGCUCGAACGCUAACACACGCCGACCGAGACGGACGCGCGCACAAACGCAACCAUAGGUGUUAUAAUUAUAUUCUUUUUAUAAGAAGAAUGGAAAAAAAUGGGGAUUUAGGUCAUGGAUUACAACUUUCUGUCACUUAUCGCCCCAACAACAACAGCAAGACUAACCACGGUGGCAGAUGCUCUAUAUGAUGAUGGUCUAUUAAAAACUUUGGGACAGUU